AGCAAGCCACGAACUGCCUGUCCUGUCCAACUCCUCGUAACGACCUUUGACCUUCUUCACCAUUACCAUGGCUCUCCCAAGCAUGUUACGAUGGUGAUUUGCUCGUCAAAAGAUGGGUUGCUUUUUUGCCUCUGCGCCUCUUGUUUUGUUCCUGCAUCGCUCAUUUUCCGGCCACGCUUUCAUCCAUCAGGCCUAGACUGGGUUUAGAAACAUCCAUCUGCAAUUCCCUCCCUCUGCCCUUUGUUCCUCUGGGUCUGGCCCUCGCCCACGAACUCACCAACUCCACCCCAUCCGCCCCGUGAGUCAGCGCUGAUGUUAGGGAACUGGGUUCCUGCUGCACCUCCCUGCGCCCUUAGGUCAACUGCCCUUUGAAGGGGCUUGCGUGGUCCUUUCUGAUGGUGUCCGGUCACCGUUCCAUCUAGAUUGGCUCGCGGCACCGCAGUCGACUCUCUAUUUACACCACUGCAACAUCUUAUGCGCCCUUUUUGGGCCCUGCUCGCCCAACCGUUCCUCGCACAGACCGCCACCUGCGCCCGCUGCUUUCCCAUCGAGAACAUCCCUCGAUCGUGUCCUUACAACCUCCUCUCUAUGACGCAACAGAUCUCGUACUUCUCUCCCUGAACCAAACCCUACCUCCCCUCCCCCAUCAGACGACCCAAUCGUCCCCUGGUACAGCCCGCCCGACCGAUAUCCGCGUCUUCAAUCCUCCAGAAGAAACGUCCUUAUCCGAGCGUAAGCUUCCCGCCCUGAUCAGCGUCCGCCGCCCGAAAAGCCACGCAUCUGCUGUACCAUCUGCGUCCGAACUAUUGCCCGGACAUCAUCCCUGAGUUUGGAGCCCAUUGCUGUCUUCGUUUUCCAUCCGUCACGCUUGUUGGAUCUCGUGUAUAUACCAAGACUUCUUCCCAACCCAUUCUGCGGUGACAUAAGGGACGGAAUAAACUUCACACGGGUGUGCGGAAAUUGUGUCGCAUCAUCCUGCCCACCCUAAGCAACGGCCUUCUGAUACACCACCUGGCUGCUUGAGUCGAGGCUCUAUAUCAACCAUCAGAAUCCUGGCUCAUCAAUCCACUCUCGCGUCUUCUAUCUACCAACCAAAGUCUCCUUCCCAUAACCUGCAUCGGAGACCAGGCCCCCCGAGGAACUCAUCACACCUGUCACACUUGCAGCGCCACAAUACCACUAGAACACUGACAAACCCGACAAACAUCAGAUCAGACAAGAACACGGAGAGCGGCCGAGGCUACGUUGGGAAGUGACCAGGCUGCCCUGCUUGCAGAACUUCAGAUCUUGUAUAGAUCGACUUGAUCUAGGAAAAGUCCUGCGGACUUACUGUCGGGCGGUGGCCCCAAACCGCAGCGGGUGUUCCACGCCAAUCCAAUUCCUGCCGCUGGGCGACGUACACACUUAGUCAGGCUUUGGCUUCAUUUACGAGAAAGCAGAAGCCAGGCCCUGCCAUUCGUCGACACGGUUACGCAAUUCGACUGUUGCGAAGGUUAUUCACCUGACUCCGCAUUGCUCCGACCUCACCCAACGAACUUCUCGGUUUCUGGGAUUACCGUAAUCAACUCCAAGCAGUCGUAGGUCGACAUUCCCGACUCCAUCCCAGAAGCCUGACACGACGUCUUGCAUUUCGACAUCGUUCUUUAAGUCUGUGAAAAGCCCACGGCCGUCUUUAUCAUCAACCAUCCAGACCUUCAAGGCUCGCUGUGCCGAACAUUUUCCCCUCUCACAACCACCAACAUGCCCACUCGGAUAAGCGGUGCGUGCAACGGGUGCCGUACGAAGAAACAAAAGUGCAGCGGCGAUCGGUCCGGCUGUUCACAAUGUCAUGCUGCGGGCAUCCCGUGUACAUGGCCUGAGCAAAGAAAAAGAGGUCCCGCCAAGGGCUACAUCGAAGGCCUCGAGCACCGCCUUCACGAGGCUGAAUCGCUUCUUCUCGCCCUACUGCCCAUCAUCUCAACUGAACAACUCAAAUGCGCCACCGAUUCUCUCAGUUCAAGUCCGUCGACCAACAACCUCAACAUCCUCGGCCUGAAAACCCGUGACUCGCCAUCUCCUGGGCCACACACGAUGAGAAGUAGUCCACCGGUCUUGAACAAGAAGACCGGGAUCGAAUACUGGGAGUCGUUCCCUCUUGACAGCGUCGACAACAUCCGCAAAUGGCAGGAGGAUUGCGCUUUGCAUUCCGGUUCCAAUGGGCAAAGCCAAUCUUCCUUCCGAAAUUCUAUUGACGACGGGCACUCGCAUAAUCCCCUCCAUUCCUUAAACGCGGCGAGCUACUCGCGUCCUGGCUCCGUCGAUCUCACUCGCCACGGCCACGGCCACGGCCACGGCCAUUCUCAGUCUGGUCCUUUCCGUUCUAUGAGCACAGACUCUUACCGCAGCGGAGCAAGCACUCCGGUGAAUGUACCUCAACAUUCCCUAUCACAACCCAAUAUCCCCACGGCCUCAAGCACCCAGCAACAACAAACAGGCCACAGCCAAACGUCCACACCUAAUUGGCAAUCCCUAUCCUCGUUUCUGUCCAACAACAGCUCGCCCAAUAACCAUACCUCAAGUCCGAACGUCAACGGUGCGGGCAUCGGCGCAGAAGCCAUGCUGCUACAGAGUUUCGCGGACUCGAGCUGGGCCCAGGCACAAACAUUGAAUAGCGGCAUGGGCAUGACCGGGCUCGGCACCGCCAUGGGCGUGGAGAGCGGACCCAUGGAGGUCGAUACAGGGUUUUUCACGAACGAUAUGCAGAGACGAUUGUUUUGGUAGCCUGCGUCGCGGGCGCACAACAAAUGGGAUGGCGCAUUUGGGGGGCCUUCAACACAUGGCACAUUAGAAGGGGAUGGACGAUGGCGUUCAAGGGCAGACGAUACACGUCAUGAGUGGACGAAUUGUUUCAGGUUACCCCAAAAGAAAAACCGUGGAUCGGUUACAGCACACUUCGGCUUGGCUGCGCCGAGCUGUAAUGAAAUCGAAGCCUCGUGGUAUCGAGAACGAAGGGAUAGGGUUGGCCAGGGGGUUGGUCUCGGGACCUAGAGAUGCCUCUCUGGAGGGCAUUGUACGGGUGUGACUUAUAUGGCGAUCGCAGUGUGUUUGUCUUGUAAUGUUAUGGAAGCGAUCGAUACCCCAUUACAACGAGGAAUUAUCCAACCAUUCGAACUCUUCCAAUAUGAGCCUUUCUCCGAUGCGCGUUACACCUCGAUAUUGACCGUUGCGUCCCAGUGGCCGUGAGAUUGUGACGGGGCGGCACGG